UACGUCUGCUGCGUAAUGACCAUGUAAUAUCACAUGUCUAUAGAGAUAAAGCUGCUCCCCAACACAACAGCCUCAGUCAUGGAGCCUGUACAACUUGUUACGACUGUUGUCCUUAUUCUGGUAUUCCUUAAUGGAAGUCAAGCAGCCAGCCCACACAUCGUGUUCAUAGUUGCAGACGAUCUGGGCUGGAAUGAUAUUGGUUUCCGUAAUCCACAGGUUUUGACGCCUCACCUGGACAAGUUAGCCAAAGCUGGUGUCAUCCUCAACUCCUCCUAUGUCCAGCCCGUAUGUUCACCAUCCAGAAACUGCUUCAUGACUGGGUACUUCCCAUAUCACACUGGACUACAGGACGGCGUCAUCAGGCCAACAUCUCCUGGCUUUGUUCCCAUCAAGUUCACCUUCCUCCCUCAGAAGUUAAAGGAACUGGGAUACAGCACCCAUGCUGUAGGGAAAUGGCAUGUGGGCUUCUGUAACAUAAAAUAUACUCCGACCUAUCGUGGCUUUGAUACCUUUGUUGGGUAUUACACUGGCGCUGAAGAAUAUUAUAACCACACAAGAGGAUAUGACAAAUUCUCUGGCUACGAUCUACGCUUCAAUACAUCUGUAUAUACGGAAGCCAAGGGUAAAUAUUCAACUCAUGUGUUUGCAGAACGGGCAGUUGAUAUCAUUAAAUCUCACGAUAAGAACACGCCGUUAUAUUUGUAUCUGCCGUUUCAAGCUGUACACGCACCACUCGAAGUUCCUCCUGAGUAUGAGAAGUUGAACGACCAUAUCCACAACUUAACACGAAGGACCUACUGCGGUAUGAUCAGUGCCCUUGAUGAAGCUGUUGCCAACAUCACCAAUGCCUUAGAGGAAACGGGACUCAUUGACAACUUGCUGUUGGUAUUCACGACUGACAAUGGCGGACCUUUUCAUGGUGCUGCAAAUAAUCUUCCGCUACGUGGAACUAAGGCUACACUAUGGGAAGGUGGGACGAAAGGAACUGGAUUCAUCUACAGUAAAACCCUUCUAAAGAAGACGGGCUACCUCAACACUGGAAUGAUGCAUGCUGUGGACUGGUACCCGACAUUGGUGGAGUUGGCUGGUGGAAAGAACACAGAUCCCAACAUGGACGGAGUCAGUCAGUACGACAUGCUCAUCAUUGGUGGACCAAGUAAGAGGAAUGAGUUCGUCUACAACAUCUACGACAAGACCAACUCCUCAGCAAUUAGAUAUGGUGACCUCAAACUGAUGCGAGGGUCACCGGGAGCUCACAGUGGAUGGGUUCCUCUUCCAACGUCUGGUGAGAGUUCAGAUACCCAGGACUCCCAAUUUCAGUUCCCUCCGUAUAUGUUGUACAAUAUCACCUCCGACCCAACUGAACAUUUCGACCUGUCUGCUAAGUACCCCGAGCUUGUAACGAUGAUGAAACAACGCCUUGAGAACUGGGAGAAGACACGAGUACCAGCUUAUCAACCACCGAAUGAUCCUAAAUCUAAUCCAGAUCUCUAUGGAGGCAACUGGAGCCCAGGCUGGUGCUGAUUUUUGUGAAUAUUUUGUGUUGGCCACCAGAAAAGUUACAGCUAAUUUAAUUGACAAUCAGCUAUAAAAUAAGUGACUGAAACUUGUCAUUUUAAAUUCAUUGGUUGUUAUGUUACAAUUACCCGUUCCUGUUCGAUUGUUUGAUUGAUAAGCCGCAGUUUAAAUGAAGACAUGUCUGCUUUUUCGAUUAAAAAAACUCUAAAGGUGGUACAACCACAAAUAAACGACGUUCGUGUCCAA